AUGUUAGCCAUCGCAACACCUGAGCAGAAACAUGCAUUCGAUAAAAUUGUUACAGCUGUGUAUUGUGAUGAAGGAUAUUUUUUCUUUGUGUAUGGUCAUGGAAGUACUGGAAAAACAUUUCUCUGGAGCCUUAUGUCUGCUAAGAUUCACUCAAGGGGUGAUAUUGUGUUAAACGUUGCUUCAAGUGGUAUUACAUCUUUACUUCUUUCCAAUAGAAGAAUGGCACACUCAAGGAUCCUAAUACUGCUGAAUAUAACUGAGAAUUCUGUAUGUAACAUCAAACCUGGUUUUCCUAAAGCAAUGCUGCUGUUAAAAGCCAAAUUUAUAAUUUGGGAUGAGGCUCCAAUGGUUAGUAGGUACUGCUAUGAAGCGCUUGAUAAAUGCUUGAGUGAUAUCAUGAGGUUUUAUCCAAUAUAUAACAAAGAUUUGCCCUUUGGAGGAAAAGUGGUUGUACUAGGUAGAGACUUUAGACAAAUCUUUCCUGUCAUUCUACGAGGAUCGAGAAAAGAUAUUGUUCAUUCAAUCGUUAAUUUGUCUUACCUUUGGAAGUUUUGUCAGGUGCUCAAACUAACAAAAAAUAUGAGACUCUCUGUAGGAACAACUACUUCAGAUCAAGAUGAGACAGAGCAAUUUGGUGAGUAG